AUGUGCAGCGGCGGUCCACUUCCAGGGUCAUACUACAGCGUCAUAGCCAUCCUCUACCCAGGAGAUCUGCUGAAGGGUGAUGGACAGGACUAUAGGACCUCGAUCCGGCACAUCGACCCGCAUACCGGAGAACUGAAGCACCGCGACAAGGCCAUCCGCGUGCUGAAUGGGGUGAGCAUCGAGAACAUCAAGACAAAGGGGCUGCGGACGUUGCAAGAGAGCAUGGUGGAGUACAUCUGCAAGCGUAUCGCCGAAAACCGCUCUGCGGUGCUGACUUCACAAGUAUUCAAACCCGCCAACAGUGUGAUUGAUGACAAUGGCGCGGAAAGACAGACGUCGCCCCAAGCAGCAGUUGCCGCCCAGCAUCAGGGGAACACGAGGGUGUCCGCGGAAGGAGUACACGGUAGAGGAGGAGGCAACGCUACGGCAGGUGCAAGAAGGAAGGAAGAGGAGUCGGAUUCUGAUUCGGAGUCGGAGUCUGAGGAGGAGGUGGAGGAGGAGGAGGACGAGGCGGUGACACGGAAGGACGAGAAGGACGACGAGGAGGAGAAGGAGAAGGACGAGAAGGAUGAUGGGGAUGAGGAGGAGGAAGGGAAGGAUGGGGAGGGGGAAGGGAAGGAUGAAGAGGGGGUGGAGGACGAGGUGGAGUACGGGGUGGAGUACGUAGAGGUGGGAGCUGCGGUAGAGGCGGUGGGGUCGGCGGACAAAAAGAACGAGGAAGCGGAGGAUGGCAAUGCGUGUAAUGCUACGAGGUCGGCAGAUGGGGGGAAGGAGAAGGAUGAGGUCGGCGUGGAGGCAUCGACGGAAAAGGGCCAGGAGGAGGCAGCAUGCGAAGGUGGGAAGGUGUCGGUCGACGCCGGCAAAGGGGCGAAAAUCACGGGCGUGCAGGAGAUCGGGGAAGCAUCUAGUCGGCAGGGCCCUGAACUGGACGACGUUGAGGAGCUGCGAUGGGAGAACUGGUUGUUGAGGGCGGAGAGCACUCAGUUGGUGACGUUGCUCAAUGCGGAGCAGGCUCGGCUGGACAGAUUUUUUGUUGGGUUUAGUGGACUUGUUGACCACGUGAAAGGGUUGGACGAGCAGGUCGACGAUACCGAGAAGCUCGCCGUGCAGCCGCCGCCACUGCCUCAUCCCACGCCGCCCGCCCUCCCGGAAGAGCUGUUGAAGUCGUUCAAGACCGACAUCAUGAAGGCGGUGACGGAGGCCACCCAACAGUCUUUCGUUGCUUCCGGGAUAAAGAUGAUGACCGAGAUGAUCGGCACUCUGGCGCCUGGUCGACGUGGGUCGUCGCCGUCGGCCAAUGACGCCAAUCACGCACAACGGAGGACGGCCGACAAGCAGGGCCUGAAGAGGACGGGCAACGGAGACGACAAGGAAAGCGCGAAGCGGAGCAAGGGAUCGGACCGGAGCAAGGGAUCAGAUGGGAGCCGCGGCUCGAAGCCUGCGGCACAGAGCGUGGUCGACCAGCUGAAGACGAAGGCGGGGUGGAAGGCACAUAGCAUGGAGGUGCAGCAGCAUCCCGUGGUCGACGCCGGCCUUGCCGGAACAGCACGUCGCUCAGUCACUCCACAGGUUGCCGCCACAUCGUCCGGUGCCCCACCUGCCGCGCCUCCGGUCGCCGCCCCACCCCCUGCGGACCCCAAAUCCGCUGUAGUGCUAGCCACCGGCGGCCGCGCCGACAAGCAUGCCGAACUCGCUGCCGUCCUGGCCCAUUUUGAAGAGGCAAAACGCCCCGAGCAUGCCCCUGCUCUGGCUAUCAUGGACUCGGCGCAUGUGGUGCCAUCGGCGACCCACGAAGAGGGUUCGGCGGAGCCGACUGUUGCAACGAGUGCUGUCGCCGAGAGAACUGCUGGACGGAAGGGGAAGGACGACACCGAGAAAGGGAAGGCAGUCUCUCAGAGGAGCACGAGGGCGAUGUCUGCGGGGAAGGAGUUGUCGGAAGAGAAAGGGAAUCAGGACAAGACGGGCGGCAAGGGUAAGCCGGCAAAGAAGAAGGAGAAGGCGGAGGAGAAGGACGAGGAGGGCAGCGAGGGAGAUAAAGAGCAUGGACGCAGGGGUCAUGGCAUCCGCCAAGACAGGUCCGGCGACGGGCAUGGGUGGGUGGGCGAGAUUAAGGUAAACGGACAGAAUCGAUACAUCGGCAAGUCGAGGGAGAAGAUGGAGCUAGCCUACGAGCACGCAAUUGCAUACGUUGUCUACGACGGCUACGUGAGCAAGAUGCUCAUGAAGGAGCUCACCGUCUUGAAGCCGGGGGAGUUGGAUAAAUGGAAGGAGGUGUGGGCGCAGGUCAAGUUCUUGCCGACUGGGAUGUUCGACGAUAUACUUGGCAGGUACCGCGGGUACGCGAGUUCGGGUGAUGCGCUUCAUGACGUGCUCUGGCCGGCGAUAUGGUUCCCCAUCAUAAAAAACACGGAGGAAGGCAAGGAAGAGACGGACGCUCUCAUGUCGGCGAUGGUAAAUCGCAUGUCGAUGUGUGCGGCGUAUGGGAAGGUCGCGGCGAGCACGGCGUAUGGGAAGGUCGAUGCGAGCGUGGAGGGGAAGGUGGGAGAGAAGACGGAGAUGGAAGGCGCGGAGGGGAAGGCGGACGAGAAAACAGAGAUGGGGGCCUAG